GUUUCUGAGCACCCUUAGAAAGUAAAAGUUUUAUAUAAAUUAGUUCCCCACCCAAAUACCUUCUCCUUCAUCACAGUGUUUUUCAAAAACUAUAAAAGUCUCCGACGAUGAAAUCAAUAUCCGCCGAUGAUAUUCUUGAACAACCACCACCGGGAAAAGUGGCGAAACUAGAAGAAAUGAUGAAUGAUAAUCCGAUAGAGCAAGUACGGUUAACUGUGCCGAUCACAGAUGAUCCUACCUUACCGGCACUUACAUUCCGCACAUGGUCACUCGGGCUUAUAUCAUGUGCUUUUCUCGCCUUCUUGAACCAAUUCUUCGGGUAUCGACAAAAUGCAUUGUAUAUAUCUUCGGUAUCGGCACAAAUCGCCGUCUUACCGGUCGGCAAGCUUAUGGCCAAAUGGCUUCCGGCCACCGUCGUAAAGGUGCCUCUUGUAGGGUGGUCUUUCUCACUCAAUCCAGGGCCAUUCAACCUUAAAGAACAUGUCUUGAUCACCAUCUUUGCCAACUCUGGUUCAAACUCUGUUUAUGCUGUUAAUAUCAUCACAAUUGUCAAGGCUUUCUAUAAGGUUAGCUUGAAUCCAUUGGCUGCCAUGUUGUUGACUCAAACUACACAAAUGAUGGGAUAUGGAUGGGCUGGCGUAUUCAGAAAAUUCCUUGUAGACUCCCCUUACAUGUGGUGGCCUGCAAAUCUAGUUCAAGUUUCACUUUUCAGAGCAUUGCAUGAAGCAGAGAGAAGACCCAAAGGAGGACUAACAAGACUUCAAUUUUUUCUCAUGGUCUUCAUCACCAGCUUUGCUUACUACAUCAUCCCCAACUACCUCUUCCCAUCCAUCACUGCCCUCUCCUUCAUCUGCUGGUUCUGGACCUCCUCCAUCACCGCCCAACAGCUCGGCUCCGGCCUCUACGGUCUCGGCCUCGGCUCCUUUGCCCUCGAUUGGUCCACCGUAGCCGGCUUUCUCGGCAGCCCCUUAGCCACUCCUGGCUUUGCCAUCAUCAAUGUCAUGGUUGGCUUUGUCAUUGUUCUCUAUGUUAUCACUCCUAUCAGUUAUUGGACUAACACUUAUCAUGCCAAGAACUUCCCCAUUUUCUCUUCUCAUGUCUACCAAGCCAAUGGCAGCACUUAUAAUUUCAAUGCUGUUCUUGAUCCUAAGACAUUCUCUUUUAGCCAACAUGGUUAUGACCAAAUUGGCCAAGUUAAUCUUAGUACCUUCUUUGUUUUCACAUAUGGCUUAAGCUUUGCCACCCUUGCUGCCACUCUCUCUCACGUUGCUCUCUUUCAUGGAAAGAGUAUUUGGAGGCAAACAAAGGCAGCAUUUUCAGAUCAGUUUGGAGAUGUGCAUACAAGAAUAAUGAAGAAGAAUUAUGAAGUUGUUCCUCAGUGGUGGUUCUACACCAUCUUGGUUUGCAUGUUAGCUCUAGCAAUCUUCUCUGUGGAGGGCUUUGGCAAACAACUUCAACUUCCUUUUUGGGGUGUUCUUCUUGCAGGAGCUCUUGCUCUUGUUUACACCCUCCCCAUUGGCAUCAUCACAGCCACCACCAAUCAACAACCAGGGUUGAAUGUGAUAACAGAAUUGAUAAUAGGGUACUUGUAUCCUGGCAAGCCACUGGCCAAUGUGGCCUUCAAAACCUAUGGAUACAUAAGCAUGUCACAAGCCAUCAUGUUCCUCCAAGAUUUCAAGCUUGGCCACUACAUGAAGAUCCCUCCCAAAUCUAUGUUCAUUGUUCAGUUAGUAGGAACAGUAGUAGCAUCAUCAGUGUACUUUGGCACAGCAUGGUGGCUACUGGAAUCAGUUGAUCACAUCUGUGAUCCGGCCAACUUACCGGAGGGAAGUCCAUGGACGUGCCCCGGUGACGCCGUCUUCUUCAGCGCAUCGAUCAUUUGGGGCGUUGUCGCCCCGAAGCGCAUGUUCGGGUCUUUAGGCCUCUACGAGAACAUAAACUACUUCUUCCUCAUUGGACUUCUCCUCCCUUUCCCUAUCUGGCUCCUCUCUGUUGCUUUUCCUGAGAAGAAGUGGAUCAAACUCAUUAACAUGCCGGUUCUCCUCAGUGCUACCAGCAUGAUGCCGCCGGCCAGAGCUGUGAACUAUAUAAUGUGGGGAGCUGUGGGCAUCUUCUUUAACUUUGUGGUGUAUAGAAGAUACAAAGGGUGGUGGGCAAAGCAUAACUAUGUGCUCUCUGCUGGACUGGAUGCUGGUGUGGCGUUCAUGGCUAUAUUGUCUUAUUUUGCUCUGCAGGUUAAGAACAUUCAAGGUGUGCAGUGGUGGGGGUUGGUGCUUGAUGAUCAUUGUCCCUUGGCUUCUUGUCCUACUGCUCCUGGUGUUGUUGUUGAUGGUUGUCCUGUUUUCUAACUACAUCCUUGCUUAUUUAAUUAUAUGCUGUUAUAUGAAAUUAUUAUGGUUAAAUUAUAUGGGGAUUAGAUGGAGUA